AUGGAAAGUUCAAGAGCGUUUUGGUGGGUGAAAGUGAAAGGCAGUGGCAGUUCGAUUAUGAUUUAUGAGGAAGAGCUUGCAAAAACAAAGAACGCCUACAACAUCUUGGAGAUCGCAAAGACCAAGACCUGCCUUGAAGUUCCCAUUCACAUGUUGAAGCUCUUUGAGAGGGAGAAAGAUUCCCAUGAAGGCCAGGCAGUCCGCAACAGCCUAUCAGUUCAUCAUGUCAGAGGAGGGAACGAUGACCUUGACCCUCUCUAUGUUUCAUAUCCUGACGAAUGCCCAGAUGCAUCAUCAUCAGCACAGGUCAGCCUUUCUGACAUCAUCAAGAUGCAAGAGAAGAUUGAGCAGAAGAUUGAAGAAGAGAAUGCGAAAGCGCAAGAGAAGGUGACGCAGAAGAUUGAAGAAGAGAAUGCGAAAGCGCAAGAGAAGGUGAUGCAGACCUUGGUUCCUCUUUGUCAGCAGGCCUUUGAACUCGUCCCUGCAUCAUCAAGUUCGUGGGAUGAAUAUUUUGGGUUCUGCGUGUCUGAGCACAUCUACCACAAGAAGCAAUCUCAAGGUGCUAGCGCUCUUGGUAUUGAUAUUGCAGACCCAAGCAAUGGCCUCCCUCUCCUGAAACAUUUUGAAGUUCUAUAUCAAGACGGAGAUAUGACCCUUUUUUCCCUGUGCUGCAACAAAUCUGCAAGGACCAAACACCAUUACGGUCAAAAUUCUUAUAGCGCUUGA